AUGGCCCUGGAGUGUGGGCGACGCUGGGACCUGGGAAUAGCCCAGAAGCGCAUCCGGGUGGGCGUCCAUCCAUUCAUCCGUCCGUCCAUCCAUCCGUCCGGCUCUGGCGGGAUCCUGGUGGUGGUGUACUACGUCUUCGCCAUUCUGGGCAUCAGCCUGUUUCGCGGCGUCAUCGUGGCUCCUGGAAACGGCAGCCUGAGCACUGACAACAGCUCGGCACCCUGCGGAAGCUUCGAGCAGCUGGAGUACUGGCCCAACAACUUCGAUGACUUUGCGGCCGCCCUCAUCACUCUGUGGAACGUGAUGGUGGUGAACAACUGGCAGGUGUUCCUGGAGGCCUAUCGGCGCUACUCGGGCCCGUGGUCGAAGAUCUACUUUGUGUUGUGGUGGCUGGUGUCGUCUGUCAUCUGGGUCAACCUGUUUUUGGCUCUGAUCCUGGAGAAUUUUCUUCACAAGUGGGACCGCCGCAGUCACCUGCAGUCCCUCGCUGGGGACCCGGACAGCACCUAUCAGAUGAGUGCAGAGCUCUUGUUCAGGGAGGUCCUGGAGGAGCCGACCGAGGACGAGCUCAUGGAGAAGCUGAGCCACCACCCGCACCUGCGGCUGUGCAGGUGACGUCCAGGUGCGCCGUCCCGGCGAGGGCGGCGGGGGGCCCUGUUGCCUCAGGACCGACGCCGUUGUGGGAGGAGGCGGAGGCCGCCCUGAAGGAGAGGAAGGAGAGACUUUCAAUUAGAUGGACUAACGGACGGGUGGACGGACGGAACUCCGCCACCCACCCUAGGCUGGGGCUGAGAGCAGAGGCCCCGGGUCACUGCUGAUCCGAACCACUAACCACCACCAGCUUUUCUUGGUGGCACCCGAGUGGGCUGCUUGAACUUUGUGUGGCGUCUGGGCCACGCCGCUCUCUUCGUAAGCUGGCUUCGGCAGGACUUCAGCUUCUCUGAGUCCUGGAAGAGGGUGACUCCUCAGGGACUCUCAAGACUGAGCAGCGGGAAGCAGCGACCUUCCUUCCAGAGCCUGUGAUUUCCGUGGUGCCUUCACUGCUGGUGGCUUUCGGGGACCAGAGGCCCGCCUGGGGCCCGUGCAGGCCAGCCAGCAGCUUCCCAGGGCAUUAGGUUUGGGAUCCUGGUGGUUUUACGUGAGGAGGAUCUUAACCAUUUUAUUAUUUAACGGUUCGUGUGAGUGUGAUUGGGUGUAUUUCUUUAUGGGUCAGAAUGCCAAUAGUUUUUAUCCUGAAGUCUUGCAAAGA